CCCGAACUGGCUGCCUCCGCGGGGCCGCGGCCAAUCCGGAGCGCACCCCCUCCCUCCCCGCGGGAGGGCCCUGGGCAGCCGCCGCGGCCGGGCGGAGCCGCGGGCAGAGCGGGGAGCUCGCCGAGGGGACGUCCCCGCCGCUGCCGCCCGCCGGGGGCUCUCCGGCCUCGCCAUGCCGCCGUGGGGCGCCGCCCUCGCCCUGCUCCUGGCCGCGCUCGCCCUGCUUGGCCUGCUCGCCCCGCGGCUGCGGCGCCCCGGGAGGCGCGCCGUCGGAGCGGGGACCCCGAUGGGGGCGAGGUACGCAGACGAGGAGGAGGUGGACGGCGCAGGCCCCGCGGACCCGUUGAGCGACGGGCGUGAGCCGCUGCCCGGCGGGUGCAGGCUCAUCUGUAAGCCGUCGGCGCUGGCCCAGUGCCUGCUGCGCGCCUUGCGACGCUCGGCAGCGCUGGAGCCGGGCCCGCUCUCCUGGCUCUCCGGGCCCCACCUGCAGACCCUCUGCCACUUCGUGCUGCCGGUGGGGCCGGGGUCCGAGCUGGCCCGGGAGUACCUGCAGUUGGCGGACGACGGGCUGGUGGCCCUGGACUGGGUCGUGGGACCUUGCGCCCGGGGCCGCAGGGUCACCAAUGCCUGGGGCCUCCCGGCGGUGCUGCUGGUGGUACCCAAUGCCUGGGGGCGCCUCACCCGCAACGUGCUCGGCCUCUGCCUGCUGGCCCUAGAGCGCGGCUACUACCCGGUCAUCUUCCACCGUCGCGGCCACCACGGCUGCCCACUGGUCAGCCCCCGGCUGCAGCCUUUCGGGGACCCGUCCGACCUCAAAGAGGCCAUCACUUACAUCCGCUUCCGACACCCCGCGGCCCCGCUGUUCGCGGUGAGCGAGGGCUCGGGCUCGGCGCUGCUGCUGUCCUACCUGGGCGAGUGUGGCUCCUCCAGCUACGUGACCGGUGCCGCCUGCAUCUCGCCGGUGCUACGCUGCCGAGAGUGGUUUGAGGCCGGCCUGCCCUGGCCCUACGAGCGGGGCUUUCUGCUCCACCAGAAGAUCGCCCUCAGUAGGUACGCCACGGCCCUGGAGGACACAGUGGACACUGGAAAACUGUUCAGGAGCCGCUCCCUGCGAGAGUUUGAGGAGACCCUCUUCUGCCACACCAAGAGCUUCCCCAUCAGCUGGGACACCUACUGGGACCACAACGACCCCCUCCGGGAUGUGGACGAGGCAGCCGUACCUGUGCUGUGCAUCUGUAGUGCCGACGAUCCCGUGUGUGGGCCCCCAAACCACUUUCUGCCAACUGAACUCUUUCACAGCAACCCCUACUUCUUCCUCCUGCUCAGCCGCCACGGAGGCCACUGUGGCUUCCUGCGCCAGGAGCCCUUGCCAGCCUGGAGCCACGAGGUCAUCUUGGAGUAUUUCCGGGCCUUGACUGAGUUCUUCCGAAUGGAAGAGAGGAUGAAAGGGCUGAGCAGGCGCCGAGCUUCGUUUCUAGGGGGCCGGCGUCGUUGGGGAACCCUGCCAAAGCGAGAGGUCUCUCCCUCUUCCAAUCUGGAGGAGAUCUUUAGCUGGAAGAGAUCAUAUACAAGGUGAGACCUGACCCAAGAACCCCCCCAACCCAGCAAGGAAGAACACAGCUGGGCAUGGCUGAGUCCUAAAAAGGCGGCAAGGACUGAAUGGAGCAGGCAGCUCUAGCUCUCUGCCCCAGAUUCAGCCCCUUCCCUCUUAAACUGCUCUGUGGAAAGAGAUGAACUUCCAGCAAGCUGGCAUUCACUUGCCCAUGAGCAGAACUCCUGCCCAGGCCCUGCUCUACACAUGCCAACUCAUCCUGGUUCAGCAGUGAGACAUUUCCCAUCACUGUCCCCUGUCACCGACUUCACAAGCCAAAGGAUAGCACCAUUUAAGUCCCUGGACUCAAGAGAAAAUGCUCACUCCCUGGCAAUGAUACAGAGAAGAUGAGUUUUUGUGAGCAACUGGGCAGGUCUGUACCACAUAAAUAAUCAGCUCUGCGACCCUGGUUCUCAAGCUGGAGCCACUUGAUGUAGUGGGGACAGGAUGUUUGUGUCUCAGUCCCACUUCCCUCCGUUUUUUCUGCGGCUGUGGCGCUCUGCUGACUUCAUGUGGUGGCAGAUGUGGAAGUGGCUCACAGAGCUGUGUGGCUGCGUCAGGGUUGUAUGAGUGUGAGAAAGGCCAGAGGCAGUAAAAUGUGCUAUGUUGAGACAGGGCUGGGGAGGGCAACAAAGUAGAGAGCGUGAACGCCUGCGUCUGGAAUACCAAAGUCCAGUCUUCUUCAGAUGAGUUCUGCAAGUCCUGACUGGGAGUGGGGCUGACCUGUGGCUUUAUCCUAGGACCUCAAGACUCACAGGAGAGAUCCCAAGGUUGAUUUAGGAAUAGGAAAUCCUCACAGGGUCUGCUUGACCAUGGCUCAAGGAGCCAGGCUCUCAGACAUUCUAGCUGCGCCCUCCAGUACCAUUUCGGGGGAUUACUCCAGAGAGUUCUAGCGAGAGGUGUUUUUGUGGGCUUUCUCUAAGUGGUAAAAGUAUAAACCUCAUAUCUUAGGUGUUUUUUGGGUCAGUUGCCCUCCUUUCUGACACUACUACUAGCCUUUCCCUCUCCAGACCCUGCAGAGACAUCUGGGACCAGAGAAAACAAACAAAAGUUCUGAGAGAUUGGCUAGAGCUGACUCAUUGAUUUAUGAAUGUUUCACAUUACCAUGCUUUUUCUGCUCAAUUAUUCAAAAGGCCAUCCAUGUAGAUGCAGAAAAAGCUUCCUCCUGGAUCUGACCACUCAGUGGCUGAUAGGCUCUUUGGUUUUAUGAGGACUAAUGCUGAAGAUCAGAGUAAAAUAAGGCAUUGCACAGAUUGGCCCACAAAACUUGGUUUGGAUUAGGCCAUUAAGCAAUACAAUAGGACUCCAGUUCCCCCCAGAAAAGCUUUGUCCUGAAGUUUUAAUUUGUCAUCAAGAAAGAAGGAACCUGUUUUGACAGGAAGCUCCAUCCUGGCCUCACAAAUAGCAAAGCAAUUUUAAGAAGGAGAGAUGUUUACCAAAAGCCAUGUCCUAAUACUUGGUAUGAGGAAUUCCUGGGGCUAUGAUUUUAGCUUUGGAUAAUCUUAGCCCAUCCUUGUUCUUCUAGAUCAAAUAAGUAGAAACUCUGAACUAUCCAAGAAUCUAAACUGAAAUGCAGAUUACACUCAAUUGUCUAAGGUUCAUUAUCCUGUCAUGAAAAAAUUCCCUCCCUCCUUCCCCACUUCUUGUUCCUCUUCCUCCAUGUUCCUCACCUAACAUUCUCUCACCAUUUCUGAGCAGGAGAGAUAAAAGGAAGUGAACCCUAAAGAAGCCAUUCUAUUUCUGGUUAACGCCUUUGUAUAAGGCUUGGCAAAGAAGAAUUACUGACAUCUGGCCAGCCCCCUCCCCCAGCAUCUGGUACAGUGGGGAUUUCAGUUUAUUAGGUCUUGCAAUCCCAUAUGCAGGACUGUAUGAUCAUUCAGAACUUACUGCAAAAUGGGGAGCAAUCCAGUGGUUUUUAACCACCCCCACUCUCACCCCCAGGAUUAAAGGGCCCCUAAGAGCUAAAAUCGGGAUUGUUUCUCUAGGCCACAUACCUAGGGACUCUGGUUCUUUAAGAUAAUAGCUUUUGGAGAAAUCAUGGUUCCUUUUUUACAGGAAAACCAGCUUGUGGGGUGGGGUGGGGUGGGGGAGGGUGUGUGUGUGUGUGUGUGUGUGUGUGUGUGUGUGUGUACAUUCUUUUCCAGUUAUAGUCUUUAAGCUCUGUGAAUAGCAGAACAGUCCUAGUCCCUUGGAUCCCCUUGGAUCCACAGCCCUAAUGACCUAAACGCUAAAGUAUUUCUCCUCCAUGCCCCUUGUGCCAGAUGUACUCAUAGCCAUUCUCAGGAAGCUACCUCUCUCUCAUCUUCUCAUCACCAUUUGGUGACAUCACUGCUUUUCAACCCAUUUUUGCCAAAAAAGUAUAGUUCCUGUUCAAGCAGGUUUGGGUGACCCCGUCCUUCAGUCUAACAAUGGAGGAAUCACCCAAAUUGGCUCCGCUUUGGUUAAUAGCUAAUUAUAUGAAACCAGAUGGAGGAACCCCAGACACACAUUCUGAGAGAAUGCAUGGCCCUUGAACAAACUGACAAGUUAUGAGUCUGGGCAAGCAAGAAACAAACAACAAAAACAAAACCCAAAGAAGUACCACUGAGUUGGGAGUUUUCCAGGUAGCAAGUCUUCAGCAAUCCUCUCAGAUCUCACUCGCUUGCCUCCCUUUUGGUCUCUUCAUUACCUAUCCAACACCUUCAAAUGGUAAAGGGGGUGGGGGUGGGCGGAAUACAACCCAAUGACAAUAAAGGAGACAUUAUGUCAGAACUGAGUUCUCUGUCUCUACCCACUGGAUCAGAAUGCAGGAAGCAGACAAUUGCUUCUCAAGGUUUCUUUGAGUUCUACUAAGUUCUGACCUCUGAUACCAAAGACUGUGCUAAGGUAUAACUUAAUUCUCUUAAAUAUUUAGUAUUUUAUGUAUGUAUACAUAAGUUUCCAAGGUGGCUUGGUCAGAGACAACAAUAUGAAAAAACAGCACCAAAUCCUCAUUUUGACAAGAUUCUGUUUUGAGUAAAGAUAUACUUGCUAAGACUUGAGUAUUGUUAGAAAAGAGGUCUUGACACAGGAAGUGUCAUCUUAGCUUUACAUAUAACCUCAAAACCACCCCAGAGUCAGAAGGACAUCUGUACUCAUCUUCCACCCUGACCACAGGACCCUCUGUCAGUCACCCUUAGUAAUGCCAAGGUUUCUUCCUUUAGAAAUGAACUUUAGUAAAAGUUACCUCCCUGCUUAAACAAGCAGAUAUACUUGGCCACUUUGGCAGAACUUGCCAAUGAUAUCAAUGAUUCAAUAAUACCAAUGAUUCUAUAGCCAAGCCACAAAGGAUGGCAUCAGAAAUUCACUGGUUAUCAAAAUUUGCAGAGUUAAGAUUAAGAAGUUAUACCUAGGGAGCAUCCGAGUGCCCAGAGAUGGCAUGAAUGCCUUAGGAAGCAGGAAGUCCCACAUCAUUGGUGGAAUAUACAAGCUAAACUGCCACUUGGCAGACAUCAUGGAGGGGACAUGGGCUGAGAAAUAUGGGUGGCCUACAUUAUAUAUAAGGUCUCUUCUCAUCUGAGAGUCAGUGACUGGAAAUAAUGCUGACGAGCUCAGUGGGUUUUAAAGACUUCUGGUUGGUUUAUGGGCUUGAGGAUCAGAUCACAGACCUGAUCCAAAUUCUAGGAGAUGGGAGAUGACGUAAAUAUUUUAAUGAAAAUAAUCCUACCAAAGUGACCAGAGGAUGUUUCAAGACAUCCAAUAAUUAUGCUCUGAAGUAUCCAGGAAGAGCUAAAAGUUUAGAGGAAAAGUAGAAUUUCAUUAAAACAAACCAUAAGAUAUUAACACUUAAAAUGUCUCUAGCUCCUCCACCCUUCCUGUGUAAUAAGGUAAUAUUUUGCUCUAGUGUCUAUCACCAGUGUGACUGAACAAAAAAUUCUCUCCAACUU